AUGGCUUCCGAAGGAGGAACGCGAGCAGAUGCUAAUGAUCCCGCCAAAACCGCCGGUGAAGAAGAGAAGCAAGCAGAGGAAGACGAUCUCGCCAAGAGCAACGAUGAAGGAGAAGUGAAAACAGGGGAAGAUGAUCCCGCCAAGAUCACCAGUGAAGAAGAAGCGAAAACAGAGGAGGCGCGAGCAGAGGAAGAUGAGGCCAAGGAGGAAACUAGCGAAGGAAAUGGGAGUCCUAAACCUCAAGAAGACUCGAUUCCGAAUAUUCCUGGGAGUGAUCAAACAACGAACAGUGGCUCAACAUCUAUUCCUCCGAUUGGAUCACCACCGGUUGUUGCAUCUGUCCAGAACCAUUCAAACCAGUCUUUUGGUACGCAGCAACAACUUUCUCCAAGGAUGGUGACUACACGGCCAAGAUCCCAAGUAGCUCACAACUCUGUAGCUGCUAGUUUUGUUCCUAUCAAUGCACCACGGAGACCAAAUCUGAUUACACGGCCAUUCUUUCCAGACCAAGCUUCAAUGAGGCCAAUGAUGCACAAUCAGCCACAAGAACAGAUUGUUCCUAAUAUUCUCCGAGGUCAAGCUCCAAUGAGGCCAAUGAUGUACAAUCAGGCACAAGACCAGGUUGUUCCUAAUAUUCUCCGAGGUCAAGCUCCAAUGAUGCACAAUCAGGCACGGGAUCAGGUUGUUCCCAACGUAUUCGGAGGUCAGGCUCCAGUGAGGCCAAUGGUGUACAACAACUAG